GCGGCUCAGCAGUGUCCCCUCGAGGCACUGCUGAGCAGGGCGGCGGUUUCCCUUCUCCGCCCCCGAGUUCCUCAUACUUCUUCGUAGUCCCGCCCACCAAGGAACCCACUACAGCGCCUGCGCCUUCUUCCUUGCCCCGCCCCCAUCCAAACCGGACUUUAACCGACGUCCCAUAGUGACUUGCGAGUGGCGGGUCUGAUAGCAGGUUUGGCGGUUAGCUGGUGGGUUCAAGCCGUCCUUUUUGGGGUUGUUUUAUUGUGCCCGGGCGCUGUACGAGAUUGGGGCCUGGUCAGUGCUUCGUCUGCGGAUGCAAUGGCGCUUCUCCGGGGCGUGUGGGGCGUGCUGAGUGCUCUGGGAAAGUCAGGAGCGGACCUCUGCGCGGGAUGUGGCAGUCGACUGCGCUCUCCUCUCAGUUUUGCGAAUGUACCAAGAUGGUUUUCAUCUAACUUCAUUGGUUAUCCAAAGAAACCUAUGACUUCAUACGUUCGAUUUUCUAAAGAACAGCUACCCAUAUUUAAAGCUCAGAACCCAGAUGCGAAAAAUUCAGAACUAAUUAAAAAAAUUGCUGAGCUAUGGAGGGAACUUCCUGAUGCAGAGAAAAAGAUAUACGAAGAUGCUUACAGGACAGACUGGCAGGCAUACAAAGAAGAGAUAAACAGAAUUCAAGAACAACUAACUCCAAGUCAAUUGGUAUCUUUGGAAAAAGAAAUCAUGCAGAAACGUUUAAAAAAGAAAGCGUUAAUAAAAAAGAGAGAGUUAACAAUGCUUGGAAAACCGAAAAGACCUCGCUCAGCUUAUAACAUUUUUAUGGCUGAACGCUUUCAGGAAACUAAGGAUGGUACAUCACAGGUAAAGCUGAAAAUUAUAAAUGAAAGCUGGAAAAAUCUCUCUAGUUCUCAAAAGCAAGUAUAUAUUCAACUUGCUGAAGAUGAUAAAGUUCGUUAUUAUAACGAAAUGAAAUCUUGGGAAGAACAAAUGGUUGAAGUUGGACGAGAUGAUCUUGUACGACGCUCAGUGAAAUACACAACAAAAUAGUGACCCUGAGAAGUAUUAAAAUAGAAGAUUGAAUUAUGUUCAUAAUGAAUAGACACAAGAAACCAGUUAGGUCUCAAUACCCAAAGCUGUUGUAAAAUUAAAAUGGAUAAAAGUUGGUAAACAUUUAUAUUUAAUUUCUUUUCUUUAGCCCAUUGACUUCUGCCAGCCAAUUUAAUACAUUUUGUAUUGGUGUCUUGCUUUGGAAAACCCAAACAGAUAAGAGUUCAUGCGGAAUGUAUUUUGUGUUUAGGAACCACUGAGCAUCAAAGUAAUCCAUGAAAUGUAACCGUGAAUCAGUUUACCUUUGAUAAAGGUAAAUCAGACUGUGAAGUUUUUUUAUACUCGAUGGCUAUGGAAAGAAUAUUCUUGUUUCCUUAUAUUAUGGAGGCAGGAGUUUCCUUUUCAAAAGUGUCUCAAAGUUUGUAGAAACCGUAAUGUUCUGUGAUAUAAUUGUUCGUUUUUAAUAGAGCAUCCAGAACUCAUGUUGGCAAAUUCCAAAUCCUAGGUAUAAUUCGUAUUGUAGUCAGAGUUGAUGGUUGUACAUGCAAGAGAUUUCUGGUGUCAGUUGCAACUUUUAUAAAAGGGAUAGAGAAAUUUAUAAACGUUUUCCUCAUUAUCUUUUUUCCUAAAUUAAAAACUAAAAAAUUACGUACCAUAUCUAUGCAUAUUGUUUUAUAUUGCAUAGAGUAAAAAUUUAAGUGUUUCC